AUGGCCGUUCUGGCGAGUAUCCACGGUGAUAAUAACGGUGCUAGUGACUAUAGUGGUGCGGAAACUACCAAUGGUGGCAGCGAUACUAGGAGUGACGGGACCAGCGGAAGCAGCAAGGAAACUAUUGCCUCGUCUGCACGAUCCGCAGCUUCCCCGUCGGGUGGAAGCACCCAGGAAGCUUCGUUUCUAGCGCCGGUCGGGGAGAUGCUGCAGCGGAACAAGGCGAAGACGGCCGAAGUGCUGGAAAAGCUGCAGUCAUUUGGUGUGGCUGGCGUCCUCGCUUAUGGCCUCUUCAAUACAGUCUACUACAUUUUCGCCUUCCUCUUCGUAUUUCUCUACGUGGCCCCAUCUCCGCGAGGGCUGGGAUUCGCAGCAGCGGCAAAGAAGUGA